AAAUCCAUUCGCACCGGCGGAAAACAGCAACCUUCAGCCAUUAUUGCCGCUAUUUUCGGCUCUAAUUUUUUUUCAAAAUUUUGAUCCAAAUAUAAAUAUAGAAAAAAAUCCACCUUUCAUGGGCCUUCUCCCUCUGACGCCAUGGCCGGUUUUCUCAGUCCUCACAAACUUAUCUGUAGUUCUCUCUUUCUGAAUCAGCCAAACAUAACCACCACCAAAACCGGAUUUCUCAAUCCUCCUAAACCCAUCGGUGGUUUCCUUCUUCUUCUCUUCUUACUCCAUUCCCUUUUAUAACUCUAGCUCAAAUUAGACCUUUGUCUGUUUGGUUUUUACCCAAAAAAAGGGAUUUUUAUGGCAUCUGUGUUUCUGUACCAUGUCGUUGGUGAUCUGACGGUUGGGAAACCGGAGUUGAUUGAGUUCCUGGAGACCGAAACCGUCGAAUCGGCGAUUAGGGCUAUUGGGGAAUGCACUGAAGGUGGGAUACCCGUGUGGAAGAAGAGGCCACAGAAGAGUGUGGUCGAGAAUGCAGAGAUGAGGCAUCAGAGGUUUGUGGGUAUCAUUAAUUCUCUGGAUAUUGUUUCUUUUCUUUCCAGAGAAGAGUGUUUGGUUGAUCAGGAAAAGGCCUUGAAGACUCCAGUUUCUGAGGUGGUUGUGCCUAAUAAUUCUCUGCUCAAGGAGGUUGAUCCUGCCACCAGACUCAUAGAUGCUCUGGAGAUGAUGAAACAAGGUGUGAAGCGCCUCCUUGUGGCAAAGAGUGUGGUGUGGAAAGGCAUGAGCAAACGUUUCUCAAUUCUUUACAAUGGCAAGUGGCUCAAGAACCUCGAAGCCUCUGGAAGCAACAGCUCUCUCCCAAGCAAUCGUCCCUCCACUUCCUCGUACCCUGACAAAAAGUUUUGCUGCUUAUCAAGAGAAGAUAUGCUUCGUUUCGUUAUUGGAUGUCUUGGUGCUCUGGCACCUGUACCUCUCUCCUCAAUCUCUGCCCUUGGGGCCAUCAACCCAAACUAUUACCACAUUGAUGCUUCAUCCCCAGCCCUUGAGGCUGCCCAAAAGCGCCUCCAGGAUCCCAGUGCUGCGGCUGUUGUGGAGUGCACAUCAGAAGGUGAACAAAAGAUUAUUGGGGAGAUCUCAGCCUCAAGAUUAUGGAAAUGCGAUUAUGUUGCCGCUGCCUGGGCUCUAGCUAACCUAACAGCUGGACAGUUCGUAAUGGGGGUAGAGGAUAAUGUAACUUCAAGAACUCUUCCAGAUUUCUCAUUCAAUUCUCAAAUAGGAGAUAAUGAAGGAGGUGGAGGUGCAACAGUAAGGCCAAGGAAGUUCUCCAGUAGGAGCAUUGGUUUCUUCAGCAAUCCAAGUAGCCCAACUGAUUCUUUUGCUACAGGGAGAAGCAUGUAUAGGGGAAGAAGUACACCAUUGACAUGCAAGGUCACAAGCUCACUGGCUGCAGUCUUGGCACAGAUGCUGUCUCACAGGGCAACCCAUGUAUGGGUUACUGAGGCUGAAAGUGAGGAUGUUCUGGUUGGUGUUGUGGGUUACACUGACAUCCUGGGUGCUGUAACAAAGCAGCCCACUGCUGUUGUAUCUGUCACAGAAGCCCCUUGAUCUUGAGACUUGUUUGGUCCUGAAACUUA